AUGUACGCGAACAACACCAUUAGAGAAUUCCACUCUGCGGUAAGAGCCGGCAACUUCCAAGAUGUGAUGGAUAUGCUGACGAAAGGAGCAGACGUCGAAGCAGCAGACAUUUUCAAGGUACGAGCGCUACACAUUGCUGCGGAGCAAGGGCAUUUGGACAUUCUUAAAGAGCUUAUCGCACGGGGCUGUAAAGUAAAUGCACAGGCGUCGUGCUCUACUCCGUUGUUUAAGGAACUGGAACGGGGAAUGACGCCGUUACAUUUAGCAACUAGACAUGCCGACCCAAUGAUCACGCUCACAUUGAUAAGUGCAGGCGCUAAUGUGAACGCUAAAAGUAGCUCCAAAGUGUCCCCACUGCACCUUGCGGCACAGUACGGCCAUUUGCCCGUGGUGAAGGCUCUAGUUACUGCGAAUGCAGACGUGAACGCCGAGGACAACAAAAAAGUCACCCCACUAUUUUUCGCUGUAGCGCAGAAUUUUGAAGAUGUGGCCGAAUUUCUUAUACAAAGCCGUGCUCGUGUAAAUGCUAGAAAUGCAGAGCGUGGAACACCAUUGCAUUUCGCAGCAGAAAGGGGGAACGUAAACAUAACAAAGCUGCUGAUCCAGAACAAGGCCGCGAUUAAUUCAGAGACUCUGGAAGGCUUCACUCCGCUACAUGUGGCCAUACAAAACAGACAGGCUGCAGUGAGCCAGUUUUUGAUUAACAGUGGAGCAGAUGUGAAUGCGAGAGAUAACGAGAGGUGGACUCCUUUGCAUAAUGCAGCAUACAGUGGUUACCCAGCGGAAACCGCUAGACUUUUGAUUGCGAAAGGUGCUAGUGUGAAUGCGAGGGACAAGAUUGGAAGAACACCCUUGCACUUUGCUGCAGAGAACAAUUUUACCGAUGUAGUUACCAUCCUCAUCAAGAACAAAGCUGACGUGAAUGUCACUGACAGUCGAAGGUGGACACCAUUGCAUUGCGCCGCUUACGAGGGUCAUUGGGAUACUAUAAAAAUUCUUAUCGCUAGUGGUGCUGAAAUUGAUCCGAGGACAGAAAAGCAGACAACACCAUUGCAUUUCGCAGCGGACUACUGGCACGUCGAAGCAGUGAAAUACCUUUUGGCAGAAGGAGCAGCAGUUAACGCAGCUGACAACACAGACUGGACGCCGCUUCACUUUGCAGCUGAUGAGCGUUCCACCCAAAUCACUCCGAAAAGGUCGGGACACUCAGGUACACAGGCGCCGGAUUCGAAACUAAACACUAUGAAAGCUCUCAUUGAAAACGGAGCAGAUAUAAAUGCAAAGGGAAGCAACGAUGAAACAGCUCUGCAUGUAGCCGUAGAGUAUGGCGAUCCAGUAGUUGCUAGGUACCUAUUAGAGAAUGGUGCAUACUACAACGCAAUUAGGCAAUCUUUGUUUGGUACCAUAACAGCAUCAGACAUUGCUGCGGUAAAAAGACACGAGAAUGUAAAUGCUUUAUUCCGUGCUACAGAAAAGCUGUUUCAAGCUGUGAAAAGAGCCAAGUGUGCUGAAAUUGAAAAAUGUUUUCAAGAAGGGGCAUCAGCCAACAGCAGAAGUAUCCAGUAUGAAACACCGCUUAUAUAUGCAUCUUGGAAAGGAAAUUUAGCCGUUGUUAAUGUUUUGCUUAAAAAUGGAGCGGGUAUUAAUUUGAGCAAUAGUAGUGGCAUUACUGCUCUGCAUUAUGCAGCAAAGUUUGGGCAUCAUGAAAUAUUGUGCACUUUAUUGCAACAUGGUGCAGUAUACAAUGCAAAAACCAAAGCAGGCAGAAAAACACCACUACAUUUCGCUCAAGAAGGAGGACAAAAAGAAGUCACAGAGACUCUAAACCUGAUUGAAAGCAUGUUUAGUAGAAUAAGCAAAAAUGAUAACACAGUGCUGGAAGAGUUAAAUGAAUUAAAGGAUAUAAAGUACGCUGAAUUUCUUGCAAUAAAAAACUGCAAAAAUGUAAAUAAAGAAACUCUGUCACAAAUAGCUUCAAAAAAUGGAUAUGAUGAACUUUGUAAAUUGUUUUCUGAUUUGUAA